AUGUUUGGAUGGGGAGUAUUUGGGCAGCUCGGCAUGGGAGGCCGCAGCAUUGAAGAUCGCAAAACUCCUACGCUAGUACCUCUAGGAGAGCCAAUCAAAUCGGUGAGUUGUGGUCGGGUGCACACUGUUCUUCUAACUGAAUCUGGGAGAGUACUCGUUGCUGGCGGUGGCAGUUAUGGGCAACUAGGAACGGAUGAGGAUAUAAGGAAGCAGUACGAGUUUCGCCCUCUCCCGAUCGAUAGCGAUCUGAAAUUUGUAAAAAUUGCUACCAGCUUCUAUCACUCGAUUGCCAUCACCGAUGACGGUCGCAUUUUUGAGUGGGGCCGAAAUCCACAGGAAGUGAAAAUGAAAAUGUUUGUGGUGAGGCGGUUGCGAAUGGCACAGUUAAAACGGAUAGCUGAUGAAGAAGGAGAGGAAAUGCCAUUACCCAACAUGGAGAAACCAAAGAUUCUGUUGCCUAUGGAUGCGCCUCGUGAUGAUCUGGGUAUUCGAGAAGUGCUACACAUACUUGAUGGCCCUGUUGUUGAUGUAGCUACUGGACUGUCUCAUUCAGCAGUAGUGACAGACCAGGGAUCGCUUUUCACAUGGGGAAAGGCCCUUGAUUAUCAGCUCGGACAUGGAAACAAGACUGAGCGAGGCGAACCUCACAUUCUAUCUAUAAAAUGGCAUCGAAGUGAUCUCAUGUGUUUAGGAGGAAACCAUACCAUAGCUGUUUCCAAAGAUGGCCGUACAUUUGGUUGGGGUCGCAAUGAUUUUGCUCAGUGUGGUGUCCCUUCCGACAAAACUACUUCGCUCACCAGAAAAUACUUCUAUCAGCCACCGAAAGACGGGUCCGCGAAGCGAUGCGUGUCGCUGCCUGAUGAUUCCUCCUACAUCACAAAGCCAACUUUGAUUCCUCAAGUCGAACUGAGCUUCCAUGACAAAGACAGUAUAGCUUCAUCAUUCGAUCAAAAGCAGUUGAUGUCGAACUUGAGAGGAUGUGAUCUGACCACCAUCCAGGCAAGUGCAGUUUCGCGGCACUUCUUAACGCAUCACUCUGAUGGUCCAACAAAAUUGAGAUGGUCGAACGUAGAUUGUUCUGUUCCUGUCGCUCUGGUCCACCUCAUGUCAGGAAACGUUCUUGCGGCAAUUCAGCAAAUAGGGAGAGCGCAAGCAAUCACUGAUAAGCUCGAUUCUGCUCUCCGUACAGUUGCUGGACUUGCAUGGGAGAUCGUUGCGAAUCAUGAGGAUUGUCAAACCCGGCAAAUUCUCACAGCAGCUUUCAAGUAUCUACCCAUGACAAACACACAGAGACGCAAUAGUCAAUUACGACGACUCUGGCCUAUGGUUUGGGAUGAACCCGGAGUUCAGGAUAGACUCAGUCCGGAAGAAAAGCUCGAUAUUCUGCGCACGUGGGUGGCACCGACAAAGGCUGUCACCAGCAUUCCUGGCGCAGCUCUUCGCACCGCCAGCAAUAACAGCUUCUCGAGGGUUCGCGUCUGGGCCAGAUGCAACCACGUAGAACCGGCUGUAGUCGGCAUGUCUGCCUCUGAUUGCAGUGCCUGCGCUGAAGAAUGGGCGGAAAGCGUUCGUACAACGUUAGGUACAAACUAG